AACAUAAAGUAGAAGGAUUGUUGGUGAAGCUAACAGGUGGAGAGAGAUAUGAGGCCACUCUACUCUUUGGUCUUCACUUUCUUGUGUCUGGGGAGCCUGCUGACCGCUCUCACCUGGCACAUGUUUGAAAACAAUGAUGACGAACCUUACAGACUGCCUCGUCACAAGAAACGCCCUUCUGAGCUCUGUAAAGACUGCAAGGAGGUCAUCGACAAAGUAAAAGAGCAUUACUCUCAAAACUGGAAGAAGCAGGAGGACAAUUACACACAUUUCAGAUCUGAGCUGAGCAGCAAGUGUAAUGGUUUUGACAAGGCCAUCAUUACCCAGGCCAACACUCCAGUGGGAUCCAAGAUUGUGUACGACGCGGAAAAAUGGAGGAGCCUCGAGGUGACCCCGAAUACCUUCAGCAACUUUCCAAAGAGGCAUCCGUUUCAAAAUAAAAAAUGGGACACGUGUGCUGUUGUUGGGAACGGAGGGAUCCUGACCGACAGCAGCUGUGGAAAGAUGAUCGAUUCAGCUCAGUUUGUUUUCAGGUGUAACCUUCCUCCUUUGGAAGAUGGCUAUGAGAAAGAUGUGGGUACCAAGACUAACCUUGUGACAGCAAACCCAACAAUCUUUCAAAAGAAGUACGGGGCUCUAAUGGGACGUCGGCGCCGCUUUGUGGAGAGCCUGCAAAUCUAUGGCGACUCCCUGCUGCUCCUUCCUGCCUUCUCCUAUGGGUUCUGCACUCCUCUGUGCAUGCGGGCCCUCUAUGCCACUGAGGACCUGGAAAGCCCCAUCCGGCCUGUCUUCUUAAACCCUGAAUACCUCAAGAAACUGGCCGUCUUCUGGCGCUCCCAAGGCAUAAAAGCAGCACGGCUCAGCACCGGCAUAAUGAUGACUAGCCUGGCACUGGAACUCUGUGCUAACGUGCAUCUCUAUGGUUUCUGGCCCUUCAGUAAUCAUCCACAUGGACUUUAUGCCCUGACUAACCACUACUACGAUGAUGUGAAAGUUAAAAGAGGACAUCACGCCAUGCCGGCUGAGUUUGACCUCUUGCUGCAGCUGCACAGUCAGGGGGUGCUCAGGCUUCACCUGGAAGAUUGUCGGCCAGGUAAAAUGUAGUUCCCCAACUUAAUGGAAGCUUUUGAAUGGUAAAUGGUAAAUUAUGAUGAAAUGAUAAAUUAUUAAUGACAGUUAAAUAACGGACUGUGGGAUCUUUUGCAUUUGCAUCCAGUCUUGGUUGGGUCUUGUGUAUUUAAAUUCAUACUUCUAAAGUCUUAACAGUGAUCUUUGUCAUCUAGACAAAUGUGUACAAGCUGUAGAUGACCAAACUAGAAAACUCUGUGAGCCAGUUUAGAAAUCCAUUGAUGUUUAUGAUGUUUUCUUUUCUUGUGAAAAGUGUUAGGUGAAAAAACAA